AUAUAUAAAACAAAGAAAAGGAGGCCCUGAAUUUGAGAGGAAGCAGGGAGAGGAACAUGAGAGGGGUUGGAAGGAAGACAAAGGGGAGAAUAAUAUAAUUAUAUUUUAAUUUCAAAAUUAAUUUUAAAAAUAUAUCAAACAUCCCCAUUACAAAGAAGCUUUCACUCCAACAGGAGGUCAAAACGAAGAAAUAAAAGAAGUAUUUACAGAUAACAUAUAAGCCAGAGGGGGUAAAAAGCAAACCAAUGAAACACAGGCCAUCAAGAGGAAGCAAGGGAUGGGAAACAGGUCUGAUUUUAGGUCAGAAGACCUAUCAAGAUUCCCUUGGAAUAAAGGCACACUAGAGGGCUGCGGAUGUAACUCAUAGGCUCACCAUGUUCAGGACUCUGGAUUCGAACCCCAGCACCACACAGAAGUAAAAAGACUAAGAAAGAACACCCAUCCCGCUGUCCACUUAGAACUCCAUCCCCUCGUUUUUUAAACCACUUUUGUGCCAGCCCUGUCCUACCACCAUUGAGCUUCAGAGAACUGCCCAGUUGGGGCACGUAUGUGCACACAUGCCUCAGAGCACUGUGCCCUCUACCCUCUUUCCUACCAUUCCUUAAUCCCACAGUUGCUAAAGCAGGGACGUAACAAGGCUGGAGUUACUGGGCAGACAGAGGAAGAAGACACUGGAUCCCUGACGUAACUGUGUGGAUCCUACAUUCAUCUUCUCUAUGCUUUUUGUGUUUUAAAAAAAAAAAAAAAAACAUUUUCAGAUACAUUUCCUUAUGCUAUUCACUCAUCUGGAAAACUCUCCUUUAGCCUUUCCUUUCAAUACACUUUUAUUUCAUUAAUUUCAUCUCACCAGAAUGAAAAUAUUGGACAAUGGAAGAACUGAACAAUAUUAUCAUUUAUUCCUGGCUCUGCAGACUUCUAAAGAUACCUCACGAGGAUAAGGGCCAAGAGGUAGUCCCAGAAUUCAACCAGUUUCUCUAGAUGCUAACACUGUCCUUAGAUAACCACAGACGGUCUGCUCAUUUUUUCCUCCACCAUGACGUGACCCACACUAGCCAACUUCUUAUGGUCCGCCAAAUACUUGUAAUUUGUAAAAAAAAAAAAAAAAAAAAAAAAAAAAAAAGCCCUGGAAUAGUCCAGAAAGGUGGCUACACACACACUUACUGAGCACCUAAUUACAAGUCUAGCCCUUCGAAAUCAUUGGUAAUUAUGAAAUUGUCCAGUCCAGAUGCCUGAAAUUUGGUUUUCAAGACUCUCCAAGAUUGCAGAUGGCCCAAUCCCAUCAAGAGGGUUUCAACAGGCCCUGGAAAAGUUCUAGGAGGGCAUCACAAAGAAACAUUGAGCUGACUAUUUAAAGACAAGCGAGGGUGAGCUGAAUUAGCCCUCCUGGUAAGAGAUGUGAAUUGUCACAGGUAUGCAAGCUGGAAAGAGUGAGCUGACAUAUGAGGACCCUAGGCUCUGAAACCUGUCGCCAUCAUUCAACCUCUAGAAGCAUCUGGAAAAACUACAAAACUCCCGUGUUGCUUUUCGCUUAGGUGGAGGCAGGGAGCCCUGCCGAGCGCCAGCAAGGACCAAAACGCGGGGAUCCGGGUCCUCCCCGCCUACAUUCUCCAUCCUCCAUCCACACGUCCAUCAGCGGAGUACAGAGGAUCAGAGCGAAGGGGAACGCCAGGGUUUGGGGUGUGCGGGAGCUGCGACCCGCCCUCUCCCGGGAGAGGCUCCAGCGAGCCUUCCCCCAGCGCUUGCCUCACGCAGCGGAACCCACCGCCUCAGUGAAGCCGGGGUACGCAGUCUGCGCAGUUCCUGCCGCCGGGCCGCGAACCAGGGCCCGCAACGCGGCCCAACCUUCUCCGCCCUCCUCGCCGUGACGAAUCGGCGCCCGGCUGGGACAGGAUCCAAAUUGAAAGACUUCUGAGGGAUCCGAGGAGCCUGAAAAAAAAAAUCUUUGGCGCACUAAACCUUGCCGCGUCUUCACUGGAAGGGCUGUUCGUCGGAGGAGGGCCGGCCGCAGCCCGCAGAAAAUUCCCCGGAGCGUGUGGAAAGUGCGAGCGCGGAAGCUCCGGCGCGAGGGGCGGGGCGAGCGCGGGACAAAGGGAAGCGAAGCCGGAGCUGCGGGCGCCUUCUCGGCCCGCGGAAAGACCAUCUUAUGCCCCACCUCCCACCCCAGCUCCUGCAACACAAAUGCCCAGCACACCAGGGUUUGUGGGAUACAAUCCAUACAGUCAUCUCGCCUACAACAACUACAGGCUGGGAGGGAACCCGGGCACCAACAGCCGGGUCACGGCGUCCUCCGGCAUUACAAUCCCAAAGCCUCCAAAGCCACCAGAUAAGCCGCUCAUGCCCUACAUGAGGUACAGCAGAAAGGUCUGGGACCAAGUAAAGGCUUCCAACCCUGACCUAAAGUUGUGGGAGAUUGGCAAGAUUAUUGGUGGCAUGUGGCGAGAUCUCACUGAUGAAGAGAAACAAGAAUAUUUAAACGAGUACGAAGCAGAAAAGAUAGAGUACAAUGAAUCUAUGAAGGCCUAUCACAAUUCCCCUGCAUACCUUGCAUAUAUUAAUGCAAAAAGUCGUGCGGAAGCUGCAUUAGAGGAAGAAAGUCGACAGAGACAGUCGCGCAUGGAGAAAGGAGAGCCUUACAUGAGCAUUCAGCCUGCGGAGGACCCAGACGAUUAUGAUGACGGCUUUUCAAUGAAGCAUACAGCCACUGCCCGUUUCCAGAGAAACCACCGCCUCAUCAGUGAGAUCCUCAGUGAGAGUGUGGUACCUGAUGUGCGGUCGGUUGUCACAACAGCUAGAAUGCAAGUCCUCAAGCGACAGGUCCAGUCUUUAAUGGUUCAUCAGCGGAAACUAGAAGCCGAGCUUCUUCAGAUAGAGGAACGACACCAGGAAAAGAAGAGGAAAUUCCUGGAAAGCACAGACUCCUUUAACAAUGAGCUUAAAAGGCUGUGUGGUCUGAAGGUGGAAGUGGACAUGGAGAAGAUUGCAGCAGAGAUCGCACAGGCGGAGGAGCAGGCCCGCAAAAGGCAGGAGGAGAGGGAGAAGGAGGCAGCCGAGCAAGCUGAGCGCAGCCAGGGCAGCAUCGCCCCCGAGGAAGAGCAAGUGGCGAACAAAGCCGAGGAGAAGAAGGAUGAGGAGAACAUCCCGAUGGAGACAGAGGAGACACACCUUGAAGACACUGCGGAGAACCAGCAGAAUGGUGAAGAAGGCACAUCUACUCCUGAGGACAAGGAGAGUGGGCAGGAGGGGGUUGACAGCAUGGAGGUGGAAGGGACCAGUGACAGUAACACCGGCUCAGAGAGCAACAGCGCAACGGUGGAGGAGCCGCCCACGGACCCUGUGCCAGAAGACGAGAAGAAGGAAUAAAUGUUGCCUUGUUUUAUGUGACCUAAAACUUUUUUUAAAUGAAAAAAAAAAUGUGUUUUUUUUGGUUUUAAUGGUGUUAUGUGGUCUGUGUAUUAUUUCCAUUGAUACCGUGAAGGUCUUCAAUAGCAUAGCCUAAUGCCAUCUGCUCACCUUUCUUAGCUCUCAACUUCUGAAACCUCAGAACUGAGAUCAGUCGAGAGACCCAUCUCUUUGAGAACCACUUGGAUGCUGCAGAAUCUGCUCUUCCAAAUGCCUUCCUUCAGCUCACUUGGGUGCUCAUCAAAGCCAUAGCUUUAACCCCUCCCAGACCAACUACAGCUCUCCGAGUCCCCUGUCGUGUGUAUUUAUACAGAGUGCCCUCUUUAUCUCUGAUAUCAGACACCAGGCAUCCUCUUACAGGGUAGGGUGUAGCCUGAAACCAGCGAAACACAGAUGAGACUGUGCAGAGAUGGCCCUGGAGGGGCCGGGGGAGUAGUUACUGCUGUGGAUUCUCAUUAGGUGAGCCCUGCACGUGCAUAUCCAUAUCUGUGCAGUUAUUAUGGGAUGUGUUCUGGGAAAUUCAUCCUUAUUGUACAGGGGGAAAAGAAAUGUGUUUUUACCAGAUUGGUUUUCCAAAGACAUGAUAGACAGCAGAGCCUAAGGAAUGGGAUAUUCUUAUAAUGGACUGCAGACUUCAAAGUGAUUGGCCUAUUGCAAAAGGAAAACAGGAACUACGUUCAUCCACUUGAGCAUACUUCAUAGUGAUGAAAACCUCAAGGCUCGAGAUCCCAUAGAUCAGAGCCGAACCUACUUUUUUGAUAAGCCCUUUAGUGGUGUUAGAGACUAGAUAUGAGAUAGUUUGUAGUGCGUGCUCUCUGAUAUCUAGAAUAGAUUUUUACUGAAUAGUGGUAUAUAUGAUGUUAUAUGUUUCUUAAAGGCCCAAACAUAAUAAAGAAAUUAAGACAAA